AUGGCCAAUGCCACGUUCUCCGGCGACCUGCCGCCGCUGCCGGCCUACACUCUGGAGCCGAUGCCGCGUCUACUGCCAUUCGUCUCCGACUUUACCCUCUCCCUCGUCAUGCCACACAUCGCAUACUGGGUUGUGUCGGGCUUCUUCCACGUCAUCGAUACUCUCGAUCUCUUCCCCGCAUACCGCCUGCACACUCCUGAGGAGAUCUCCGCGCGCAACCACGCGUCACGCAGCGAGGUCGCCCGCGAUGUCGUCAUUGAGCAAAUCAUCCAAAUGAUUACAUCCGCCUUCUUAUCCUACACCGAACCCGUGCAGAUGACGGGCAUGGAGGACUAUGACGUUGCCGUUUGGGCCCAGCGCAUCCGCCUGGCCCAGCGCGCACUGCCGACCGUGCUCGGCCUUGUUGGUCUCAAUGCGUCCGCCCUCGCAAAGAACAUGUCUGCGUCGCACCCGCUGCUGGCCGGCGCGCUCGCCGGUGGCCAGUACCCGUUCCUGACAACCGCGCUGUCCGGCAGCGGCAGCGGCAGCGGGUCGGCCACCGCUGCGGUGCCCGCUUUUGCGUCGUGGGAGCUCAUGCUGGCCAAGGCUAUCUACUGGGUUGUCGUUCCGCUGUUCCAGUUUUGGUUCGGCGUCAUCUUCAUGGAUGCCUGGCAGUACUUCUGGCACCGUGCCAUGCACGUCAACCGCUGGAUGUACGUCCACUGGCACUCGCGCCACCACCGCCUGUACGUGCCGUACGCCUACGGCGCGCUUUACAACCACCCGGUCGAGGGCUUUGUGCUGGACACCGCCGGCGCCGGCUUGGCCUACAAGGUGUCGUUCAUGACCCCCCGCAUGGGCCUGUACUUUUUCGUCUUCAGCACCAUCAAAACCGUCGACGACCACUGCGGCUACGCCUUGCCGUGGGACCCCCUGCAGCACAUCACGAGCAACAACGCGGCCUACCACGACAUCCACCACCAGAGCUGGGGCAUCAAGUCCAACUUCUCCCAGCCCUUCUUCACCUUUUGGGACCGCCUCCUGGGCACGAUGUGGCAGGGCGAUACCUCGCUCAAGUACGCACGCGACCGUAACACCGCUGCACGCAAGGCAGCCGCCGCUGCCAACGGCAAUGCUAAUGGCAGUGCCAAUGGCAGUGCUAAUGGCCGUGCUAACGCCAAGCCAUCGACACCGGCGAGACUGUCCACACCAACAAUCGAGGAAGACUCGGAGUCGACGACGGCGAGCGAAAAGGCGUCAAAGCCGCGCAGGUCGGCCCGCUCAGCAAAGAAGUCGCCCAAGCCCAAAGCCAAGACGGCCAAGGCUUAG